GGCAGAUCUUGGGUACCCACACGAGCAAGUGAACGACGAAUUUCAAGGCCAUGAAGGCCAACGGGCGAAAGAGCCUCCAGGCGGAGAGAGAUGAUCAUGCGGCAUCACCACCCACUGCUGCGUCGAUGCAGGGUGUUUCCCGCAUACUCUGUUUCCUGCUCUUGCUGCUGCCGGCAUCUCUUGCCGCAUCGCUUCCUCGCGCUUCCCCCCGUCGUGGCUCUUCGCCGCUAUUUCUGACAAGGACUCAUCGCCCGGUGGAUGGUUCGUCUGUGCGGCGGCACUGCAGUCCGUUCUUGCCCCUCCAGACGUCGUAUCUCCUGGCGCCAAACCGGACACCGAUCCAGCUUCAAUCACUUCUACGUCCGCCGAAGAGCACCACAGUGGCUGCGGCCGCAAGCUCCCCUCUCGCUCUGCAAGAGGAGUUCACGAGGCCACAGACAGGCGAUGAGGCGUCUAGCGCUGAGGAUGGGUGAGUCAAAACACAGAAAUGGAUGAUGGCUACAUGCGACCUGUGCGUAAGCUUUUUCGUACGGUGUGGUGUGUGUGCAGGUAUUUGUUCAAUGUGAGUCUGCCGAGGAUAACGGGGAUCGAGUGGGCGUCCACGCUGGCAUUCGACUUUGUACGUGAGAGGCAGAGCAGAGAAGAGGCAAGGGAAAAAAGGGAGAUGGAUGACACGCGUGACUUGACUUGAGACCAAGCGGCCGCCCACCUUGUCUGUGUGUCUGUCUGUCUGAUUGUCUUGUUUGUGCAGGCCUACGUGAAUUCCCUCGAGUACGGCAGCGCGGCCUCGUCAUCGAGGAUGAUCCAGCCAGGUCAGGUGUGUCAGUCACCACAUACACACAUGCCAUGCGAGGUACACGCACCACCUCUCUCAUCUGAUGUGAUGUGAUGUGACGUCCGUCCUGUUUGUACGUCAUCGAUUCAUUCAUUCAGGUGACUGGCUGGUAGGGGUCAACCAAGGUUCGGCGAUCAGGGAGGGGAUAGCUUUCGAUGACGUCAUGAGGCUGUUUGACGAACCGAACGUCGCCAAGACGGACACAGAGGUUGGUGUAACCAUAACAUACACGCACUGCACUGCACUUAGUGAGGAUUAUAAAUAGGAGGAUGAGGACAAGGGCGUGGCGUGUAUUUGAUUCCUCCCCUGCCUGCCCAUGUCAUCCAUCCUUUGUUCAGGUGCAGCUGCGCUUUUUUCGUGGAUCCCCUGAGGCUUUCCAGCAGUACGUCCGCGAGCAGUCGGGCCGUGGCGACAGCGAUCCCCCGCCCCCCCAGUUCAUGACCAUCACGGUUGUCAAGGAGGGCCAGCAGGUGGCCACACUCGGAGAUAUCCCGACGGGCAGCAACCUGAGGGACGUCCUCACCGACAACGGCAUCAACGUGUACCAGUCAUACACAAGGUCCACUCAAGAAACACAGCCACCAACAUGACAUUUGUCGGGUUUACAGUUGAGUGUGUUCUGCGAUUGGACAGGUAUACGAAUUGCAGUGGGAAGCAGCUGUGCGGCACGUGCAUCGUCCGUGUCCGUGAGGGCAUGGAGAAUACGUCGAUGAAGGAGCUCGACGAGCUGGCGACCCUGAAGGGCAACCCCGAGUCAUACAGGCUCUCGUGUGUCACUGACGUCUACGGCGAUGUGACAGUUGAGGUGUUCCCGCCAGUGCCGAGGGGGCAGUUCAUAAGAGGGCCGGCGAGGACCAGAUAGGACACGCAGACUGACUUUCUUCUCAGUCAGUUCAGGCUGUGUGGGUAUGGAGGACAGCUCAGCCCUGCAAGCCAACGUGUUCGACGUGACAGACACAUAAGGCGGCGGUCAGUACUAUGAAUGUGUUGGCUCCGUGUCACUACGAUAUGCGUUCGUUGACUUCUACGCACAACCACGUAAAUCAAGAUCGGUCUGCACAGCC